AGCCGGGCGGCCGAGCGCCCCGCCGACGUGCCGGGCCGGCCGCCUGGAGGGACCGGAGGCGGGGGGAAUCGGCAGGCGCGCCCGGGACGCGGCGGCUGCCCCCUCGGCGCUGGGCCGGCAGAGCCGUGCGCGUGGUCGUCCGAGUGGCGCGCGGCUCGGAGCAGUGCGAGUGCGCCGGUGGGGCCGUGGUCGGGCUCCGUCUCCAGCGGCGCGUCCAGCUCCCGGAGCGCGAUCCGAUACCUCGGGCGAUGGCCACAGGCCUGGGCCGCUGGAACGGCACAGUCAAUGAUUCCUGGGAAGGGGACGAGCUGGGCUACAAGUGCCGUUUCAAUGAGGACUUCAAGUACGUGCUGCUGCCGGUGUAUGGCGUGGUGUGUGUGCUGGGGCUGUGUCUGAACGCCGCCGCACUCUACGUCUUCCUGUGCCGCCUCAAGACCUGGAACGCGUCCACUACGUACAUGUUCCACCUGGCCGUGUGCGACGCGCUGUACGCCGCAUCCCUGCCGCUGCUGGUCUACUACUACGCCCGCGGCGACCACUGGCCCUUCAGCGUGGUGCUGUGCAAGCUGGCGUUCCUCUUCUACACCAACCUCUACUGCAGCAUCCUCUUCCUCACGUGCAUCAGCGUGCACCGGUGCCUGGGGGUCCUGCGCCCGCUGCGCUCGCUGCGCUGGGGCCGCGCGCACUACGCCCGCCGCGUGGCGGCCGCCGUGUGGGUGCUGGUGUUGGCCUGCCAGUCCCCCGUGCUCUACUUCGGUCACCACCAGCGUGCGGGGCGGCCGCACAUCACCUGCCACGACACCUCCGCGCCCGAGCUCUUCGGCCAGUUCGUGGCCUACAGCUCCGUCAUGCUGGGCCUGCUCUUUGCCGUGCCCUUCGCCAUCAUCCUGGUGUGCUACGUGCUUAUGGCCCGGCGGCUGCUGAAGCCGGCCUACGGGACGUCGGGAGGCCUGCCGCGGGCCAAGCGCAAGUCAGUGCGCACCAUUGCCGUGGUGCUGGCCGUCUUCGCGCUCUGCUUCCUGCCUUUCCACGUCACCCGCACACUCUACUACUCCUUCCGCUCGCUGGACCUCAGCUGCCACACCCUCAACGCCGUCAACAUGGCUUACAAGAUCACCCGGCCACUGGCCAGUGCCAACAGUUGCCUUGACCCCGUGCUCUACUUCCUGGCGGGGCAGAGGCUCGUGCGCUUUGCCCGAGAUGCCAAGCCACCCUCAGAUCCCUCUCCUAUUGCCCAGGUUCGCCGCAGAGGGGGCCUGCGCAGGUCGGACAGGACUGACAUCAAGAGGACAAAAGAUGUAUCGACCAGCAGUGAGGACUCUAGGCGGACAGAGUCCACACCGGCUGAUGGUGAGAACACUAAGGACAUGCGCUGUAGGACCUGAACCCCUCAGGCCUGUGCAAGUUAAUAUGGGGAGGGGGUGCUGUAGGAACUAGGACUUCUUCAGAUGGGAUGGUCUCCCCAGAUAGGGCCCAUUCGUGACUCAUGCCUGAUGGUCAAGGGAGCCAUGACGUCAAUGCUCUGUCAUUUGGCAGGGGCUCAGAAUGUUCUCUGUGGUCCAGAGAUCUCAACAGUCCCUAUGACGCCAGUCACAAUUUGUAUGUGUGAGCUGGGGAAUAAGGCUUCAAGAAAGGCAAGGGUAAGGGGCCAAUGCCGCCCCUGGCCUGACUCCCACGUAAAUAGCUGGCUGUGCCUGCCAGGGUAUCCAGCCUGAUCAAGUCAAAUGGAAGAAACAGGCCCAGAGGGGAAAGUGACUUAUACCAAGGUCACAGUCUGGGCCUGAGCCACCUAGGAGGGGCAGGGUUUCAGGCUGACCGAAGGACCCUGGUAAGGGGGUCAGGGCUGAGCCAGAGCUUCCUACAGAGGGGUCUAGGGCAGGUCUGGAUGCCCCAGUGGACACACCUCUGAGGAGGAGCCCCAUCCUGAGAGACGAACGUAACGUCAGGGAACCGAUGUCAUAACCCAUCUGGAGGCUCCCCUGGGCUGGGAGCCAGUUGGAGGCUGUAACUUCUACUAAAGUUGUUGCCUGCUGCGCUGUGCCCUAUGGUAUGGUUUGAGGAUGAAGAUACGGCCUAAGAAGCUCUCACCAUCCACACUGGGGUCCUUUCUCCAACCCGUACUCUUGUGCCACCUGCCUUCCCACUAGCUGCCUCAGCAAACAGGAGCCAGAUGGGGUCCUGUUCUUGGAAUCUUCCAGUUGAGGGCUUAAUGGCUAUGACCAGUCGUGUUGGUAAAUGUUAAACCGUCUAACUGGCUCUCCAGGGGGUGAGGGGAACCCCUUAUUUGUAGCCUUGCCAACUGCCAUGGUGCAAAUAUGCCUGCCUUGGCCAAUUUCAGACUACUAAUGUGAUGUCAGCCUCCUUGCAAAAUUCCUGAAAAUUUUGGAGCAAGCAGGUCCCAGAUGCUCCAGCACACCAUGGAAAACGCUGAGUGGUUGGGGCUGUGGACCAGGGGCUCAGGGAGGCUUCCUGGAGCGGGGGACGCUCCUGAGCUGUAGCUUCUGAGGAAAGCAGUUCAUCAGAGAAGAACAUCCAGGUGCAGGGUGCAUCCCGGGCAAAGACAUGGGGACAGGAAAUCAGGCUAAGCAGGAACUGGAGGCAGGCCGGGCAACCGGCACCCAGGCUAUGGGAGGAGAUCCACUUCUCUUCCUGUCCCGUCCUCUGCCUCUUGGGAAAAUCCAGCUAUAUGGCAUUAUAGUUGGGUGCUCAGCUUGGGUCAGGGCUUCGGGUGAGGGAGAUCUUUCUCACCUGUGACAGAUUCUGGGUCCAGCCAGGAUCACUGCGGAGAUUUGUAGAGCUCAGCUGAACAGGGCCCAGCUCAGCCUUAGGGCAGGGGGUAGGGCAAAGCUGACAGGCUUCACUCUUAAUCUCAGAUGUAAAGACUCACUCCCUCUCCCUCUGGGAGACCCCUUGCCCUAUCGGCCCACUUUGCCUGAGAGAAGAUUCUUUCCCCACCCAAAUUCUGCCUGCCUCUUAUGACUUCUUCACCCUUCCCAUUCUACUUUGUCAGAAUGGGGCAUCCCCCAAGGGUUCUCUAUUUAGAGUCUAGCUCCUCAGCUCCCUCAUGCAACAGGGGACCCAUCACAAGCCAUGACCCAGGAAAAUUACUCUGCAUUGCAAUGUGGGUGACCUGCUCAAAGUAGUGUGAAAUGCUCACCUCCCAUAUUCUAGGUCCUAUACUUCUGUUAAUGUAACCAGAGUCCCCGUGAGCUUUUUUGUGACUAUCUUUUGCAGACUGUCCUUGAGCCUUUCCUGCAGGCCCAAGCCUAUCUCUUUCCUACCAGCUGCUGCUCAGGCUGAACCCCAUCCUAGUUUAUAGGAACCCCAUACCCAGGUAAGAUUACACCCAAGAGUGUAAAUGCUGGGCUAUGAUUCCCUCAGCCCUGCUUAGACCAGAGGCAGGAGGUUAUACAUUGUGAUUUUGGGGACUCCUGAGUGUGCAUCUGUGGUUGGGGGUAGGGCUGUGGCCACCAAAUGCCCAAGUACCCUUAGUUCCCAUUUCUUUCAUGUCCUGCCUACCUACUCCUCAAGCAGUUGUCCUGGAGACCCUGAGAACCCAUGGCCCUACAGCACAUGGAGCCAACACUAUGGCUGAGCCCCAGGAAGCCUUUCUUGAACCAGCUGCCUGCACAUAUCUAAGGACAAAGGACCUAGGGAAAAGGAGAGCCCUACUCACCAUCUAAUCCAGUAGCAGACACUGGUGGGGGUAGGGAAGUGAGACUCUAAGGGAACCAGGGGACAGGCCCAGGGUUCCACCCCUGGGCCCCAGUCAGACUGCCUGACCCCUCAUGUGGAUGUCUGGCCUUGCUGCUCAGGGCCGAAACCAUCCACCUAGCGGGUGAGGUUCCUGACCCUCCUGCCUUGUGCUAUUUUCAGCCCGAGUAAGAGCAGGAUUUUCCACUCCCAGCCCCAGACCAUUGUCCAGUAGUGACGUGGGGGACCUGCCUGCUCUCAAAAUAUCUCCUCUUACUCACUGGGCCUCUGUGCUCCCUCCCAACCACCCCACCUCCUCACCCUGACAUCACUUCCUGGGGCUGUUGACUCUUGAAGGCCACUGUGAAAAGGCAUAGCCACCUGACAGGGACCCCAGGGAUUAUCCAGCCCAGCUGUAGACUUGAGAGGGGUGGGGCCCUGCCCAAGGUCACUCAGCAGGUCAGCGUGGCACCUGGAUGUGUGCCAGGGGCUCAGGCUGUCCCUGCUGCUCUGCUCCCUUUAGUUCAGGUCAAUGCCUUUGUGGGAUUCCUGUCAUCACCCUCACUGCCCCAGCUCUCCCCACCCUGGUGGAUGGAGCUGGUGGGCGGAGCUGUGGCACUGAGGCCAGGGGCAUAGAAGAGGAGGGGGGGGCAGUGGGCGGGGGGAGGAACUAGUCUUGGUGAGCUCUGCAUCCAGGACGCGGCCCUGGCACACAGGGGGUCUCUGCCCUGGGGGGGCAGGUGGACCCAGGGCCCAGGAGGGAGGUUAGGCCCCCAAAGCUACCCCUCUGCCACCACCCUUGUCAUGACAGACUUGAGCUGUUCCGUUCAGUCAAGCUCAUGAGGAAGGGUACUCAUGUAUUAACGCAGGCCCCAGGCACCUCUUGUCUCUAUUAUUUAUUCUUCCCCACAACUGUGUGAAAUAGACAUUAUUAUCCCCAUUUAGCAGAGGAGGGGACAGGCUCUGAGAAGUGAGGACUUGCUCCAGGCUAUACAGGCAGUCAGGGGGCGAGUCACGAUCGAAUCUGAGUCCAUCAGAUGCCCAGAUUAGUUCCUUUCCAGCAUCCCAUUCCACUUGCAACCUCUGCUGGGCAGGAGGGUGUGUAAGCAACCCUCCGUGGGAAUUCAAGAUGAAAGGGGCAGUAUAGUGGGGGUGGGGGUGGGAGCACAGACCCGGAGCCCAUACCACCUCUGUCUGGAAGUUAUCUCCACUUCCUGCAGCUGUAGCACCUUGGGCAAGUUACUGAACCUUGCAGGGCCUUGGUUUUCUCAUUUCCAAAAGACAUACCACCUCCCACACAGGCAUUGGAUCAAUACGCACGAAACACUUGGUAAGCAUUUACAUGGCAGGCACGGUGCCAAGGUGAUACAGAGGCAAACCAGCUGGACCCUACCCUCAUGGAGUUGACAUAAUGUAAUAUAUAACCGCACUAGGAUACGUUAUUGAAGGAAAGGAACGUCCAGCCAGUGAGCAACAGUGGGCCUCCUGUGACCCUAGGAUGGAGGAGGAGGAGGAAAGCAGGUCUACCCUUGGCACUGGGUGGCCUUCCGGCCCAUGAGCCUGUGUGUGUUUACAGAACCUUGUCCCUGUGCCAGGCUGUGAGAGGGCAGCAGGGAGAAGCAGAGGAGGAGGGAGGGAGGCCCUUGAUAUCGAGCUUCUGGAGCCAGCCCCUGUGGACCAGAGAGCUCCCACUCACCCAUGGCAACAGCCAUUUCUCCCUAACUGAUGGUCCCCAUCGUGGGGUGCUACAACUACUUCUUGGUUCAACCAAGAGCCCGGAGACCCAGGCUGCCAGGACCGAGAGCAGGCAUUGAAUGGGCAACUUUCGCUGUGUGACCGGAGGCUACCUGCCUGCCCUCUCUGGGCCACCCUCUGGAGCUUGGAGCCCUUCCCUCCCAUGACCCAGUUGUCCCUGCCUCAGUUAGGGCAUCAGCCACCUCGAUCUUCAGCAAAGGCACAACUAACAGCCAUUCCCCCAACCCCCUGGGCUCUCCGUUCUGAGGACUGGAGUGGGCAGCGAUUCUCCCCUGGCAUCAAGUGACAGAGAGGUAAAGCGACACCAUUGGCACCCCACAGGGGCUUGGAGCGGAGCUGGUCCGCUGCCCGAUGGCCCUGCCCCUUGCAGGUGGAGGGUGGAGUCUGGCCAGGAGUGCCUGAACUGCAGGGUGAGAGACGUGUUUGCCUUUCCACGCAGCAUGUGCUGGUGAGGGGUGGAGAGUGGAGGGCAGAUGAACCCCAGAAGCCAAGCUUUCCUCCUCCACUCCCCUGUGCACCAUGUGCCUUGGUGAAUCCCUUCGCCUCUCUGGGCCUCAGUUUCCCCAUCUGCCAUGGGGCUUGGCUCUGCCCAGCCGCUCUUCCUCCAAUACAGGCUUCCUGAGUUUGCCUCUGUCUUGGCUCUCGUUCAGCCAGGUGUCCAGUGUCAAUCCUCUUCCAGCCAGGAACAAUGGGCCGGGCUGGGCCAGUCACUCAUGGCCCCAGACUCAGUCCCCAAGGGCUCACCCUGGACUAUUUUCAGCCCUUGGAGAUGGAGUCAGAAAAGGAUUUUCCACUCCCGGCACAAUGGCUGCCCUGGACCAUUGUCCAGCAGUGACCAGGAGACCCGCCCGCCCCAAAAUAUCUUCCCUCCGGGCCUCCCCAACUUGACAUGGCUUCCCGGGGCUGUUAACUCCUGAAGGCUGUUGUGAAGCAGCGCGUGAGUCCCCUGGAAGACAGGGCCGGUUGGAAUCAGUUUUCCCUCCUGGCAGGGACCCCAUGGAUGGUUUGACUGCUUGGGGGACAAGAGGCCCAGAGAGAGCUGUGCCUUGCCCAAGGCCACACAGCAGUCAGCGUGGGGACUAGAUGCGAGGCCCCUGAAGCCUCCACUGCCCUCAUCGGCACCAGCUGCGCCUUCUGAGAACUCACCUUGGAGGGCCUCAGGGGGGCGUGCUGGAAAGAGGCUUAAGGGACAUGGGUGGAAGGGGGUGUAUCUUGGGAACCUGGGGCACUCUACUCAGUCCUGUUUGUCGCGAAUGUGGCUUUAGCUUGUGCUGAAUUCGGGGUUACCAAGUUGUGGUUCUGGGAAAAGAAGGAGGUUGGGGGACCCAGGAAAGUCGAGGCAGGAGGAGCAGGGUUCUGGCCUAGCUCAGCCAUCACCAGCUCCAUGACCACAAAUUCAAUUUCUUUAUAAAAUGGAACUGCUAAUACUUCUUUUUCCAGUUUACUGAACAGUGAGAAUGCAGGAAGGCACAAACACAGCUAUUUUAUUUUCCUAUCAGUACUGCCUGCUCAAUGUCUAAUUUCCCUUUCCCAUCCAUAAACUGUUUAUGUGGCAAACUCCAAAUAUUUGAGUCACUUGUGGCUAACAAAGUUCAUUCCAGCUUAAGGUUCCAAGCCCUACUUAAUUUAAUGCCCACCCCUCUUCUUCCCCCGUGCUGGGAGGACCCACCUCACCCCUCCUUUGGGUCCCUCUCUCCUCCGGAUAUCAGGCAAGGUGGGGAGGAGGAAAGGGACCAGUACACCUUCCCCAGGACUGCCACAGCCCUUUCUUGCUGUCCUUGCUUCUCUGGCUAGGACAGCAUGACCAACAGUGCCCCUCCGAGUGGAGCCUUCCCAACAGCAGCCCACACCUUUGUGAAGAGUCUCUUCAUUCACCCAGUCUGAGUGUGCCCCAUCUUUCCUGCUGAGACUCUAACUCCUAUGCCCCAGUCUCUUGAGUGACUUUCCGAGAGCACCUCUCACCUGGCUUGGUUCAGAACUCACAAACAGCAGGGAUGUUUUCAGGGUCACUGAGCCCAGUGGUCAGCUUGUAGACUCAGCAUGGAGGGUGGUAGAGGGCUGGGGUAAUAAACUCUGAGAAGGCGUCUGACCCCAAUUGUUUUCGGGUUUCUUUCAAAAGUAGGGUAUUUUACCCCCUGUGUAUCCUUAGGUUUAUAUCCUAGAGCCAAAUUCCAAAUCAGCAGCCACAUGAAAAGUCCCACCUCAUUGUGGGAUUAAACUGUUAGACCAGCCUUUGUGACCAAAGCAACUGCAAAAUGUGGGGGAGGAAAUUCAAAGCCUACUGCAUGGGUCACCACGCAGCCUGUGCUAAUGCGUGUGUGCGUGCGUGUACUUGUGCGUGUGUGUUUAUGUGUGUGUUGAGUUGUCACAUCUGUGUUCCAGGGAGAGUGCUGAGGAGGAAGGGCAGCCCCCACAGACACCAAGGAGAUACCUAGAGACAGAAGAGCUUUGAGUGGACAGCCACCCUGGAGGAAGCAGAGGGAAGAGGGGCUGCCAGGAGGUCAAACUAAUGGAAGGGGAUGGUAGGGAGAGACGGGGAGUGGGGAGAGAACCCGGUGUGUGCGUGCUUCAUGGCCCAAGUCAAUUAAGUUCUCUAUUCUUAAUUUACUACUAAGUCCCCAGCAGCCAGCUCUGGGGACCCCUUUCUACUCCCUUCAUUCCGCGUUCUUCUCCCUUUUCCCCAGCUCCCAUCCCUCCACACUCCCCAUUUGCCUUCUCUUUUUGCUCCCCGUUCCCAGAAUUCCUGGCAACAAAGGGAAGCAAACCGGGCAGUUCAGAGCAUCAGACCCAUUCCUUCCUUCUUGAGCCCUGGCUCCCCUCCCUCCUGCGGCUGUGCUUCUGACGCUGUAGGUGCCCAGUUCGCGGACGCUUCCCUGCUGCCCCCUGGUGGUCAGAGUGGCUGCCGACGCAGGACG